CCGAGUCCCGGGAAGCGCGGGGCGCAUAGGGAGCCAGAGCCUGGCGUCCGUCUGGUUGCUCUGGAGCUGAGUCGCGUGGCCGCCUGCCGGCUCGCCUCUUGCCAUGGGGAGCACCGAGAGCAGCGAGGCCCGCAGGGUGUCCUUCGGAAUGGACGAAGAGGAGCGGGUCCGGGUGCUGCAGGGCAUCCGGCUGUCCGAGAAUGUGGUUAACCGCAUGAAGGAUCCCAACCAGCCUUGCAAAGCUGGGGAGCCAGCUCCGCCUCCUGCCCCUCCGCCUUCUACGCCUUCUACGGGUGGCUCCUCCAAAGGCCCCGAGAAAGACUCCAAACCGCCCAGGUCUGAGUAUGGUGGUGGCCGUCAGCCCUCGGGGGUGGAGGAGGAUUUCCUCAAGAGGUAUAAACAGGAGCAGGCCAAGGUCCAGGACGAGUUGUUCCAGGUGGUGACGAGGGAACGAGAGGCAGCCACCAAGCCCAGGAGUGCGCCCAUGCAGCGGGGGGAGGGCAGCGUUGACCAGGACAAGCGGAAGUCAACCCAGUUGGCCAGGGAGCUGGAGAGCCGGGAGGCAGAGCUGAGCCGUCGUGACACCUUCUAUAAGGAGCAGCUGGGACGCCUCGAGAGGAAGGGGGACGGAUCCGUCAUGGUGGUCGUCAGAGUGGAAGCCCAGAUGGGCGUGCGGAUGAACAAGUCGUGGCCAUCAGCAGGGGUGCUGGUGAACGUCAGCCGCAGAAUGAUCGACUCCAAUAUGUUCGUGAUUGAAGGGAGAGUAAGGAUUAUGAGGAAAGCUGCAUCAGUAGAAUUUAAAGAAGGAAAGCAGACCCACGACUCAACAAACAAAGGAAUGUGAAGGGUACAUGGAGUCAAGGAGGCAUCCGAAGGGCUUCUUAUAGGAGGGGCAUCCACGUGAUGAAGAUUUUAAGUCGCUGGGCUAGAACAGUCAACUGCUGACUGGGAUUCUGAGGCCAAAAUCAAGCCUCUGCUUAAAUAAGAAAAAGAGGUAGAAAUGUAUGAAUUUCCUUAGUUUUCUUUAAAAAAAUUUUUUUUGAAGUUUGUUUUGAAAGAGAUAGUGAAAGCACGAGUGGGGGAAGAACAGACAGAGAGGGAGAGAGAGAAUCCCAAGCAGGCUCCAUACUUGCUGUCAGUGCAGAGCUAGAUGUAGGGCUCAAACUCACGAACCAUGAGAUCAUGACCUGAGCAGAAACCAAGAGUCAGACGCUGAACUGACUGAGCUCCCCCAGGUGCCCCUGAAUCUCCUUAGUUUUCAAAAAGAAACUCCAGAAGGGUAAAUCAGAAACUAAUGAGAUCGUUACCCAUAGCGGGUGAAUGGAAAUGGGCCAGGAAGACGGAAGGGGAUGUGACGUCUCCGAAUGUGCCUUUUAUGUAUAGUCGACUUGUGAACCAUAGUAGUGUGUUGCUUCUUUGACAAUUGCAUAAACAAAGAUGGAGUGAAAAAUUAAUAACGACAGAAAUAAAUGAACCUGUCUAUCAGGUAGAUGCCACUCCACACAGAGGAACAGUGUUAAUUUGAGGGGACUUCUAGUGUGGACAAGAUGGCUAGACUCAUUUCUCCUUGCUCCUUCUCACUAGGUACAAUUAUGCACUCUUAAAUAAAUGGAGAGGCAACCAUGGGAGAAGUCUGAAAGCUAGGGAGAGGAAGGGGCACUGGCUAGGGACUCUUGGACUAGAGGGUCAACACAGCAGCCUAGGUGUCCCCUGAUUGCCCCACCCAGUGACAGAGAACAACCCAAGGUCAGUAUCUUCAGCCCCUAACCUGUGGCAGACAACUGCCCAGGUAGGCUUAUCGUUUCACCAGAUUGGCAGGGAGUCCUGUCAGCCAUACUGGAUAGGCCCAGUGGCCUCAGUGAGGGAGACCAAGCAGGAGUACCACUGAUGAGUGGCCCCAGGAAGCACUCUCCUUCCCUAUGGGCCAGAGACCCUCUUCUUCCACCCAGAGACCCCAGUGGUUCAACAGCACCAGCAGGGGCAUCCUGCCACAAGUGGCCCAGACUGGGAGCACUCUUUGUCCAGUCAGUCAAAAUCUCCUUUCCCCUACCUGGAGAUGCCAGGUUGCUAGGAAGUCCUGGUCUGGGAAGCAUUCUUUGUCCUGUGGACCAGAGAAUCCUUUCUCCCACCUAGAGACACUGGCAGCCUGCUGGCACCAACAGGGGACAUCCUGCCACAAGUUACUGGAGCAGUGGUCCUUGUGUACUGUAGGUCAGAGACUUUCUUCCACCACCUGGAGACCCCGAGAGGCCUGACGCUGGCAGGACAGAUCCCUGGCUGGUGAGGAAAUAAGACAAGGAAGUACCGGCCAGGAAUGGCAACCAGUGGGUGUCAAGGAAGUACUCUUUGUCCUCACAGCCUGGGAGAGGCACUUUCUGCCCCCACAGGCAACACCAGCAGGGAUCAAUGAGAGCCCCUGUGGCCUCUGAUGAAGCAAGAAGACCAGAAUAGCACAAUAAAGGCUCUGAUUCAAGAAGCUGAGCAAAUUCCAAAGAAGACAAAUCUAAAGAAAUACACACCUAGAGCGAUAAUGAUGAAACUUGUAAAAAGUGAGGACAGAAGAAUCUUGAAAGCAAUCAGAGAAAACCAAUGUAUUCCUUACAAGGUAACACCAGUUUGAAUGACAGUGGAGUCUCAUUUAAAGCUAUGAAGCCAGAAGGAAGUGGCAUAUUUUUCAAGUACUGAAAGAAAAAAAAAUUCAUAACCAUGAUUUCUAUACCUGGAAAAACUAUCCUUUAUAAUGAAGAGAAAAUAAAGACAUUCUCAGAUUACAGAAGACCAAGAGAGUUUGUUGCCAGCCAAUCUACCCAUAAAGAAUGGCUAAAUUUGGGCUCUUGGCUGGCUCAAUUGGCAGAGUGUGCAACCCUUGGUCUCAGGGUUGUGAGUUCAAACCCCAUGUUGGGUGUAGAGAUUGCUUAAAAAUCUUAAAAAAAGAAUGGCUAAAGUAAGUUCUUCAAACAGAAAUAAAAUGAUAAAAGAAAUAAUCUUGGAACAUAAACAAGAAAGAACAAUGGAAAAAACAAAACUAUGGAUAAAUACAGUAGAUUAUCCUUCUCGUGAGUUUUUAAAAUCACAUUUGAUGGUCGAAACAAAAAAUUAACACCAUCUGAUGUGAGGCAAAUGUAUGUAGAAGAAAUAUGCUCAAACCUAAGGUGUUAAAAAGAACCUACAUGGAAGUAAGGCUUCCAUGCCAUAUUGUACAUUGUAGAGCAUUGAUACCUGUAGAUUAUGGUAAGUUACAUGUGUACAUUAUAAUGCUCAGUGUAACCACUAAGGGAGUUUUAGGAAGCAAUAUACUCAAAAGCACUAGUAGUAAAUCAACAUGGAAUCCUAUGAAAUGUUUAACCCAUAGGGAGGCAAGAAAAGAAAUGGAGAAUGAGAAACAGCGGACAAUCAGAAAACAUAAUGCAGUGACUUAAGCUUUAACAUGGCAAUUACUUAAGCUUUAAGUAGUCAUAAGUAGCACUACUUAAGGUUUCAGUAGACCUAAGCUUUCAUGUGGCAAUAAUAACCUUAAAGGUAAACAGUUUAAAUAUACCAAUUGAAAGGCAGAGGAUUCCAGAAUAGAUUUCACACACACACACACACACACACACACACACACACACACACACGGCUGUGUAUUAGAAAUGCAGUGACAUAGGCUGAAAGUAAAUGUGUAGAAAAAAAGAUAUGUCAUAGAAACAUUGAUCCACAAAACGUUGGAGUGGCUAUAUUAAUAUCAAAUAAAAUACUUAAGAACCAAGAAAAUUUCUGGACGCAAGGAAGGACAUGAUAUGAGGGUAAAAGGAUUGCUUUGCCAAGAAGACAUAGCAAUCCUAAAUGUAUAUGCACCAAAGAACAGAAUCUUAAAAUACAUGAAGCAAAAACUGUAGGUCUGAAAGGAGAAAUACACAAGCUUAAAAUAAUGGUAGGGAGGACAUCAGAGUUCAAAUGAUAGAAGUACUAAACAAAAUCAUCAAAGAUGUAAAAUUCCUAAACGACGCAACUAACCAAUAGAAUCUAAUUGACAUACAAAGAACACUCCAAUGAUCACAGAAUGCGUAUUUUUUUCAAGCACGUAUGGAACCAAGACUAUAUCGGAGGCCAUAAAACAAAUGUUAACGAGCUUAAAAGAAUUAAAAUCAGCAUAUCAAAAUAUGCAGGAUAUAGUUUAAGUAGGUAAAAGGGAAAUUCACAGCAGUGAAUACUUACAUUAGAAAAGAAGAAAAGUUUCAAAUUAAAGGUUUUAUCUCAAGAAACUAGAAGAAGAAUAAAAUAAAGCCAAAGCAAGCAGAAGGAAGGAAAUAAUAAAGAACAGAAAUCAAUGUAACUGAAACAGGAAAACAGUAGAGAGAAUUAAUGAAAGAAAAAGCUGGUUCUUGGAAAAAAAAUUAAUAAAAUUAAUAAACGGCCAGCAAGACUGACAAAAAUAAAGAGAGAAGACGUGAAUCACCAGUAUCAGAGAGACAGGUUACAUCCCUGCAGACUCCAACACAGCCAUUAGAAGAGAAUAAGGUAAUACUACAGACCCCUUUAUGCUCAUAAAUUUGACAACACAGAAGAAAUGUACCAGUUCCUGCAAAACCACAAACUACUAAAACAACCAGGAUGAAAUUGAUAACCUGAAUAGUUCUAUAACCACUCAAGGAAUUAACUUCAUGAAUUUGAAACCUUAGAAAAAGAAAAUUCCAUGCCCAAGUUGUUUCUCUGGAGAUUUCUACCAAAAAGUUAAAGAAAAAUUAAAACCCAAUUUACAUAUUCUUUUCCAGAAGAGAGACCAGUAUUACUUUGACAAAUAGUAUUACCAAACCAGUCAAAAACAAAAGGAAACUAUAUCUCUCAUGAACAUAGACACAAAAAUCCUCAAAAUAUUUGCAAACCAAAUAUAUAACACAUAUAUAAUAUUGUUUAUUUAAACAAUAUAACAUUG